UAAUAUUAGUGCAGAACACUGUACCUUUAAUUUAAAUGCCCUUGGAGUCUGCUGGGGAAGAGAAAUAAUACUGUCACUCAGUAUGACAUGCAGAUGAGUGCCGUCGAUCUUAGAAUCACCGCACACUUCACUCAUUUGGCCAGUCACGGGGCCAAAACCAGUGUUUGGAGCCACAGUGUGGCGGUGGAGGCAGCAGCAAUGGGAGGCCAUACAGCAACCUAUGACAAAAUGGAAACCAGCAGGAGUGUGAGGAGACCUGAAAGUGGCACAUGGCAGAGUGUGGCGAUGGAGACAGCAGCAAUGGGAGGCCGUACAGGGACCCAU